CCUACCAGCUGCAAGCCUAGCGGGCACACGCGGCUGCGCACACUUACUAAUUUGCUCAUCACAGCACCCCAGCAGCCCGUCUUUUGUUGCAGCAAUAUGUCAGCUACCUAACGUUGCUUAAUUGCGCGGCUUGCUAGCUGUCGACGGUGACGGGCCAGUUUCCCUUGCCGAUUUACUGCACGGCACCAGAUUGCAGCCCAAAACCUCCUGGCUAUAAUAAUUCCUUGCCUCGCUAAGAUUAGGGAGGUUACCUGCUUCGAUUGCGCGCCGCGAUUGAUCACUCCUUUAUGCAGCCGGACUGCACUUUAAGCAGGUACCCACACAAUAUGCUUGCAAGCUGUUUGUAGGCACUAUAUGGUUUCACGAGGAGCAAGACACUUGGCACCGGAAGUGGCACUUCCCGCGCUGCGCGGCCGCUUUAAUCUACCACACCCUUGAGUUAGUUUAUAAGCAAUAGUGAAAUACGGUAGUCCUUGGUGGUAGGGGCCAGUCAUGCCGAAUGCGUCGAGCGAGGGAUGAGCGCUGAUAAGACCUGGAGAAUGGGCGUUGCUGCCUGCUAAUAGCCUCACAAAGCUUUGAUUUCAGUGCAUCUUAUUCAUACCAUUUCUUAAGCCAGGGGUCUCUCUGUUUAGGGCCACUAGCCGAAACUGCAAGCACCGUCGCUUGGUCGCUGGGAGCCCAAGGAGACUAGACUGUUCCUUAGAAACUGGGCACGUUCUUGCAAGCUGACUGACGGAGGGUCCUCGCAUCAUUGUGGGGGACAGGAGGCGCACGAUUUGUCCCAGCGGCAAUAGUCGCGCGUAACAAAGGCAUACAGGCUAUCCUUACUCGCAACGCUUUUGCAAGCCUCAUGCCUGCGACUCGGUGCUGUAGACGUCGCUCUGCGUGUCGUGCAUGAGCAUGACGCUAGUGGGUCGUCACCAGCCGGAGGACUCCUACGUGGCAGCGGGCGCCCCAUUGGUGUUCCGGCCGCUCUUCAAGCCCAAACGCCCAUCGGACGGCAUGGUCUCGAAUGCCGAAGACGACGAGGCCUCAGCCGGCAUGGGCCCGGUCAUAAACCCUAGCACGCUGUGCCCGCCCGGCGACGAGCACACCAACGCGCUGUUGCUGAGCCUUAUGCACAACUCAGCAGCUGCCGGUGGAGGCCGUGGCGGCGGCGGCGGCACCGCCGCGGGCUCCAUGCAGCAGCAUGCCAAACAACAAGCCGCCCACCAACAACACAUGAACAACGCCCGGCGGAGCAGCGGCAGUGCCAGUGGCUUCGCGGGCGGCGCAGCGGGCACCGGCGGUGAAGCUGCGUUUUCCGGCCCCACUGCUGACCUGGUCACCGCCUCCGCCAAGGUUAUGGUCGCCAACUUCAUUGCUCAGGUGCAGGCCGAGUCGGAGGCCGCGGUGCAGGCCCACAUCCGGCAGCAGCAACAGCAGCAGCAGCAGCAGCAGCAGCAGCAGCAGCAGCAACAGCAGCAACAGCAGCAACAGCAGCAACAGCAGCAACAGCACCAACAGCACCAACAGCAACAGCAGCAACAGCAGAACAUGAUGCUCCUGCAGGCGGGCCAGCAGAGGGUUCUGGGUGGUGCUGGGAACCACGCGCCGCCGGCAAUUGCGGCGCUCGGUGCCGUCACGCCCGUCCACCCCGCCGCGAUUGUGUUUGGCGCUGCCGGUGUCAGCGGCGGCGGUGACGGCGGUGGCGGCGGCAACUUGGCCGCCGCGGCGGCGGCGGGCUGCGCUAGCCCGAUAUUUGGUUCCCCCAGCCUGUCCGCACCGCAGCCCGCUGCCGGCGCGACCACGCUCUCUGGCCAGCCGCUGCUGCUGUCGGCGCCGAGCACCGAAGCUGCGCUCUUCGCCCGCACCUCCGGCAUGUCGGCACCUUCGCCAAGCCUUGCGCCCGACCCGCUUCCCCAAGGACUGCACGUGAUGCAUGGCGGCAUGCUUGGCGGCGGCGGCGGCGGGCUGAGUGGCGGGCUGGGUGGCCGGCUGGGUAGCGGGCUGCUGCUGGGUGGUGGGCUGCUGGGUGGCGCCGCUGCGGGCGGUCCGCAGCUGCAGCGGCUGCAGUCGCUGCCACUCUCUUCCGCCGGCCUCGGCUAUGGGAUGCAGCAGCCGCCACUUGGGGGCGGCACCGCAGCCGGGCUGCAGCUUUCCGAUGUGGGUCGGAUGCAACAGCAGCAGGCGGCAGCGGCCCUAAAACUGCCGCACCAGCAGCAGAUGCCUCCAUCACGCCCGCAGAUGCUGCGAGAGCUGAUGCAGCUGCAGGCUCAGCAGCAGGAGCUGCAGCACCAGCAGGAGCUGCAGCAUCAGCCGAGCCAUCGCCAUCAUCUGCAACAGAAGCAACUUCAACAGGUGGCGUUGGGCUUUGACACCGGUGGCGGCGGCGUUGUGAUGCAGCAGCAGCAGCAUUCUGAUGAGUACCAACAAGCACAGCGGCAGCGGCACCUGCUGCUGCUGUUGCAUAAGGAGCAGCAGGCACAGCGUGCGCAGCAGCUUGGCAUGCCAGCGGUUGGCGGCGGAAUGACCGCUGAGGAGGCGCUCAUGAUGCGCCUGCGGUCUGCCAGUGCUGCCGCGCCGCUGGCGACGGCGCAGCAGCUUGCUCAACAACCGCAGCUGCUAGCGCCACUACCGCCGCCUCCUCCUCCACUGCCAUCGCAGCAGCUGCAACAGCAGCAACAGCAACAGCAACAGCAGCUGUUUCACCAGCAGGCCCCGCUGCAGCUGCUGCGGGCGCAGUCGAAGGUCGAGGAUGAUGUGAUGGAGGACGCGGUCGCGGCGCCACCACCUCCUCCUCCUCCACCGGCUGCAGCGGCACUGUACGCAGCAGCACAGCAAGCCCUAGCGGCGGGCGGGCUUGCUCGCGGUACCCGCGACGAACCGAGCAGCGGGUCGCCUGACCACGCAGCCGCCGCCGUGCCGACGGAUGCGCGCAGCGGUGGUCCGGGUGCUGGCGUGGCGGGGGCCAGUGGAGAUGACAGCAGUAACAAUGGCGGCGGCGGCAACGCCGCCGAGCGAGGUAGAGGCCCGGGGCACCCGCCAGCUAUGGUGGCAGCCGCUCCCACACCAGCGGCCAACACUGCCAAGGCCUCUGCGACCGCAGCUCUGCAUCCCACCGGCGAUGUUGCAAAGCCUUCCCCGGCAGGUGGCGGAGGCGGCUCAUCACGCCCCGUGCGGGCCGCCGCCGCGUCGCGCCGCAACCCGGCAGACAGUGAGGCCGCCGCAACCACCGCCGCCACUGCUGCAGCCUCCAAGGAUCGUGACGGCGGGAGUCUUCCGCCGAGCGCCAUGCCAGCUGCUGAGCCGGCCAAGCCGAGCACCAUGCCAGCUGCUCAGCCGGCCAAGCCCGCCGUGCAAGGUGCCCCGCCGCCGGCCGCCGGGGCACCAAACGGCGCCGCUCCCGCCGGCUGCUCCUCACCAAGCCAGCGGCAGAGCGGCAAUGGCAAGGCUGCCGCUAGCAGCGGCACCGCCGAAGCUGCAGCGGCGGCGCCAUCCAAGCCUGCCGCCGCUGUCGCGAAGGCAGAGCUAAAGCAAGGCGCAGCGGGUGGGGAUGCCGACAGCGGCAGUCAGCGCGAGGUCGCGGGCGGCGCUUCCCGGCAGCCGCAAGCCGCCAGAAGAGCGUCACGCCGCUCAGCUGCCGCCGCCGCCCAGGCCGCAGCAGCCACGCCAGUCGCCGCUGUCAACAAUGGUAACGGUGCUGGCAGUGGCUCGGCGGCUUCCGGCGGCGGCGCCCGGGCCGCCGCUCGCACCCAGGCCCCCGCUGCAACAGCGACAGCAGGAACUGCCGCUGCCGUGGCAACAGCGCCCAUCGCGUCCAAGGGCCAGAAGCGCGGCAGCGGUGUCGCUGGUUCUGGCGCCGCCAUGCCUAGCGGCGGCGGAACCAGCGGAGGCGCAGGCGGAGGCAGCAAAGCGGCCAAGAAGGCCAGACGCAAGGGCAGCGUCGAUGAAGGCAAGGAAUCUGCGGCGGAGGAUGAUGGCGAGGAGGAGGCGGAGGAAGAGGAAGAGGGGGAGGAGUGCAACGAUGACGACAGCACGAGCUCUGGAGGAGAAGGCAGCGCCCGCAAGCGGCCUCGCAAGGCGAGUGGCGCGGGCGCCGCAACGCGCCGCCAGCCUUCCGCAACCUCCAAGCGGGAGCUGUGUCGCGAGCGCAACCGCAGCGCACAACGCCGGUUCCGAGAGCGCCAGAAGGACACGAUCCGUAUCCUGAGCGACAAGGUGGCGGAGCAGGAGGCGCUCAUCGCCGACAUGCAGCGCCGCCUUGACGCCUACGAGAGGGCCGGGCCGCCGCCGGCGGGCAAGCGCCCCGCUGCCGCGGCCGCGGCGGGGCGCAAGGACCAGCAGCAGCAGCAGCAGCAGGGCAAGAAGUGAUGGUGAGCGGGCUGUCGCACAGCCGGCUGCGGCGGCAACAGGCGAUGGUGGCGGGGGGUGGUAGCAGGCACGGGCGUGAGAGAAUGUGCCAUGACAGGGUGUAAGUUGGUGCCCUUUGCGGCAUGACUCCACAGCUCUGCAGUUAUAUGCAGUCGUAGCAAUCGGGGGGCAACAGAGGCAUUCGGGUUGGUUCGGGACAAGCAACAUAAAGCAGGAUCUGCUUGGGCUGGGUGUCUGGUGCGUAAGCGCCCGACUGAUCGAAGCUUGACACGUACGCGGCGGCCCGUAUGCACACGACAUUACCAUGUCGCUCGCAUGAACGGCGCCUGACGCGCGCACGUGCAGCACCCGCGUGCAUUGUGCCUCACACUCACUGACGCACUAGCUAGGUGUGCCAUCACCUAGUAUGUUCCGCCUGAGACCCACACAAACGGGGAGCGGUCGCGUAUGCCCAGUGUGAAGUUUCGUUGGGCGGUCCCCUGUUAUGUGGUCGCAAUUCGUUUUUCGUAGCAGUUUACAAUGGACGUAAUAAAUGGGGGGUUCUGGGAUGCCCCACACGAAGGCGGCAUCCUUAUUUUGAUAUUGAUAGACGGCGCAGGGACUAUCCGCGCGUGUUUUAUGGAAGGUGGGAUAAAGCUCCCGAUCCGCGGUGUUCGGACGCCGGCGGUAGUUGUGCCGAGCAGCUGGUAUCAGCGCGGGGUGGGGCUUUGGUUCGGUGGUGGGGUAGGUGGUGUUAAUGACGAUGACGCGUGGAGCCAUUCGCGCCUCACACACGUAUUGCUUGGGGGCGUGGGGGCAGGUACGGCUAUCGAAACGAUGUGAGGGCGCCUCUGGCAUGUCAUGGUCUCACGGCGAAAAAGAGGGUGCUGAUGCCCGUUGCGGCGGGUGGGGUUUUAAUGCGGUUAUGCGCUUGUAUGUCUGCUUGCAGCCCUUUGCAGGGAGGUGCACUAAGAUGCAUGAGGAUGACAUGACGGCACAUGCGUGACUCUGGUCAGGUCCAAAGUACAUGUCCUGGUGUUGUUCUGUGAUCACACAAAUACGUAAAGCGCAUGAUCAAGCGAUGCACAGUAAAGCACACAUACACUGAUCAGACACGGUCUUGACUCUUGCGGAUGCGGCAUGUACGGCUAGCAAGCUUGCGUCGGCGGGCGAUGCAUGUCUUGCUUUGCUGGGCUGGGCGGGCUUUGCACAAAGGGACAACAGGUCGCACGCUUACUUCAUUCCGCAGACGCGGCAAGGUUUGUCGCUUACAGGAAAUCCUGUGGGUGCUGAAGCACUUUUGUGUGAAGAACGUAGGUGAUUCUUGCUUGUGGUGCGGCUGGUAGUAAUUAAUAUAAGAGGACGCGUGAUUCGAGCCCCACAUCUUCAAGCUCGUAGUUACUGACGAUAUGCGCCGUAUGAUAAAUCUGGUAUGUUACUGCUCUGUAGUUCGCUUGGCUGCAGGGUUUCCCAAGGCCUAGAUUGGUGGAAGAAGAAAGGGAAGUCCCGCUGGUAGGGACACACACUACGGGGCAUACAGCCCAGGGUUUGGCGGGCGAUGGUGCACGAGGGAUGGCUGGCUUGUUUCGUGGUGGGUGCCUGGAACUUUGAAGCGGUGGUCGUCAUGCAGAUGCACAGUGCUGCAAGCAACGGACGGUUCUGGUGGGUGAUGCUGUGGGGGUGGGUUGCGGGACCGCCGCUGCGCGCUGACACGAACUAGAUAGCCGCACUGAGAGUGCAACGUGCCGUGUUAUGUGCUGGCGGCCGCAUUGCGGCGCGAGUGGAAGCGAUGUUGUCGAAACGCACCAUGCUUUGG